AAAGUUUAUAAGCCUGAAACGUCUAUCUUAUUCUUUCUCUCGAACUCGUGUGUAACACACUGUGAUCAUUGUGUAACACAAGCGGUUGGUAAAAGAUUAACAUGGUAUCAGAGCUUUACGUUUGAGAGGACAAAGAAAAAAGCACUAGUAAGAGAAACACUUGGCGUGGAGAAAAGGAGGCUAGAGGAUUUUGUCAUACGAUUUCGGAAUCAUUCGAAACGAUGAAGAAUCAAGUAAUCCCCAUAUUUGAUGGAGAGAAGUACGACUUCUGGAGCAUCAAGAUGACAACCAUUCUCAAGACCAGGAAGUUAUGGUCUGUGGUUGAAGAAGGCGUAGCAGCCCCACCAGCACAAGUGGAUGAAACCCCUGAAACAGCAAGGGCAAGAUCGCUUAGAGAAGAAGCGAUGAUGAACGAUACAUUGGCUUUGCAAAUCUUGCAAACUGCUGUAUCGGAUCAUAUAUUCUCACGGAUUGCAGCAGCAUCAACAUCCAAAGAGGCGUGGGAUGCAUUGAAGGAGGAGUAUGAAGGCUCUCCUCAAGUUCGUUUGAUUAAACUUCAAACAUUGCGAAGGGAGUAUGAGAAUCUGAAGAUGUAUGAGAAUGAAGACAUUAAGGUCUUCACAGAUAAGAUAGUUGAAUUGGCAAAUCAAUUAACUUAUCAUGGUGAACAGAAGUCAGAUGUUCAACUCAUACAAAAGAUACUCAUCUCUCUCCCAGCCAAGUUCGAUAGCAUAGUCAGUGUGUUGGAGCAAACAAGCGAUUUGACUUCAACAAAGAUGACAGAGUUGAUCGGGAUUUUGAAGGCUCAUGAAGCAAGGCUGGCUGCAAGAGAAGAAAGCACCAGUGAAGGAGCAUUCGAUGCUCGUGUUAAACACAAAAAUUCUGGUGUUGCACAAGACAACUCAAAGCGCCAAGGAGGCAAGAAGUGGUGCGGUUUCUGCAAGAGAAACAACCACAAUGAGAGCGAGUGUUGGAGGAAACAGAAGAAGGAAGAUCCAAAGAAGGAUCACAGAAGUAACAAGGAGUGUUACAAUUGUGGCAAGUUAGGCCACUUUGCAAAUCAGUGCUACUCAAAGAAGAAAGAGAAGGCACAUGUGAGUUUUGAAGAAAACUCAAAUGAAGAUCACAUGUUGUUUAGUGCGAGCGAAGCAGCAACAACAGUGAUGGAAGAUGUCUGGUUAGUAGACAGUGGAGCAACUAAUCAUAUGACAAAGGAGGAGAGUUACUUCUCAAAGCUUGAUAGGAGUAUCAAGGUUCCAAUAAAGAUUGGAAAUGGAAGCACAGUCAUGACAGCCGGUAAAGGAGACAUUACCGUCAUGACCAAAGGUGGCAAGAAGACCAUCAGAAAUGUAUUCUUGGUUCCGGGUUUGGCGAAAAAUUUGUUGAGUGUUCCACAAAUUGUUUCAAGCGGAUACCGGGUGAGUUUCCAAGAAAAGAGAUGCAUCAUAGAUGAUGCAAAAGGAAGGAGGAUAAUGGAUAUCCCAAUGACUCACAAAAGCUAUCGAAUCAGGAUGAGUUCGGCUCAGGUAGAAGAGGCCUUGAGCGCUAGUGAGCAAGGAAAGAUGGAGACAUGGCACAAGAGACUUGGUCAUGUAGGCGACAAAAGGUUGCAACAAAUGCAAGACAAAGACUUGGUAAAGGGAUUACCAAAGUUUAAAGUCAAGAAGGAAGCAUGUGAGGCGUGUAGACUUGGAAAGCAAUCACGCAAAAGCUUCCCAAAGGAAUCUCAAACUAAGACAAGAGAGAAGCUUGAGAUUGUACAUACGGAUGUAUGUGGGCCGAUGCAGCACCAGUCUGUUGAUGGAAGCCGAUACUUUUUGCUAUUCUUGGAUGAUCAUACUCACAUGUGUUGGGUAUACUUCAUGAAGCAAAAGUCAGAGACAUUCUCACUGUUCAAGAAGUUCAAAGCAAUGGUGGAGAAGCAGUCGGAUUGUACCAUCAAGACACUGAGAUCAGAUGGAGGUGGUGAGUUCACUUCACGAGAAUUCAACCGGUUCUGUGAAGAAGAAGGAAUCAAUAAGCAAGUCACCUUGCCUUAUUCACCACAACAAAAUGGUGCAGCGGAGCGCAUGAAUAGGACCUUGGUGGAGAUGGCUAGAUCGAUGUUGGCAGAGCAAGACUUACCGCUCAAGUUAUGGGCAGAAGCGGUAUACACUGCCUCAUAUCUUCAAAACCGUCUGCCAUCAAAGGCAAUAGAAGAAGAUGUCACUCCUAUAGAGAAGUGGUGUGGACACAAGCCAGAUGUGUCACACAUGAGAAUGUUUGGUAGCAUAUGCUACAUACAUAUCCCAGAUCAAAAGAGGAGGAAGCUAGACGUUAAGGCAAAACGUGGAGUCUUUGUUGGAUAUAGCAACCAAUCCAAAGGCUAUAGAGUUCUCAUUUUGGAGAAUGAGAAGAUUGAAGUAUCAAGAGAUGUAGAGUUUGAAGAAGGAAAGAAGUGGGAUUGGAAAAGGCAAGAAGAAGUGAGGAAGACAUUGGAGUUGUCUAUGGAAGACUCUCACUCGCCUGAAGAACAAACCGAAGGUGCAUCCAGUCCUGAGGAACAAACCGAAGGUGCAUCCAGUCCUGAGGAACAAUUUGGAGGUACUUUCAGUCCUGUUCUCUUUCAAAAUGAUGAUCAUGAUACUAGUAGUGGAGAUGAAGAAACUUCUGAGGCACCAAGGAAGUUCAAGUCCAUGGUUGAUAUCAUGGAAAGGGCACCGAGAGUAGAGCUUGAUGAAGCGGCUCAAGCUAUAGAAGCUUGUCUUCAUGCAAAUGAAGAACCAUACACUUAUGAUGAAGCGUGUGGUACCAAGGAAUGGAGAGAAGCAAUGAAUGAGGAAAUAGCCAUGAUUGAGAAGAACAAGACGUGGGAACUAGUGGACAAAACAAAGAAGAAGAAUGUGAUAAGUGUGAAGUGGAUCUACAAGAUCAAGACCGAUGCAAACGGCAAUCACAUCAAGCACAAGGCGCGGCUAGUUGCAAGAGGGUUCUCUCAAGAGUAUGGUGUUGACUACUUUGAGACGUUUGCUCCUGUCUCAAGACAUGAUACAAUACGAGCCAUACUUGCCUAUGCGGCUCAGAUGAAGUGGCAAUUGUAUCAGAUGGAUGUGAAGUCAGCCUUUCUCAAUGGCGACCUCAAGGAAGAAGUGUAUGUCACACAACCGCCUGGGUAUGUGACACACGGGAAGGAACACAAGGUGUUAAGGCUACACAAAGCUUUAUAUGGUUUAAAGCAAGCCCCAAGGGCAUGGUAUGGAAGGAUAGAUUCAUACUUUCUUCAAAACGGUUUUGAGAGGAGUAUGAAUGAUGCGGCUUUAUACAUCAUGAAGCAAGGAGGAGAUGUGUUGAUCGUGAGUCUAUAUGUGGAUGAUAUAAUCAUCACUGGAAGCAACAUUCAGAGCAUCAACACAUUCAAGGAGAACAUGAAGAAAGAAUUCGAGAUGGUGGAUCUUGGAUUGUUGAACUACUUUCUUGGAAUGGAAGUAAUUCAAGACAACGGAGGCAUAUUUCUUUCACAAGAAAAAUAUGCAAACAAACUUGUAGACAAGUUUGGGAUGCGAGACAGCAAGAGUGUAAGCAACCCACUUACACCACAAGGAAAAGGAGUUGAGGAUGACAAGGAGUAUGGAGAUCCGACUAAGUAUAGAAGCAUCAUUGGAGGGCUUUUGUACUUGUGUGCAUCAAGACCUGAUGUGAUGUAUGCAAGCGCCUAUCUCUCAAGAUACAUGUCAUCACCUCGCAUGAAGCACUACCAAGAAGCCAAGAGGGUGUUAAGAUAUGUCAAAGGAACAUCAAACUUUGGAGUGUACUUCACAAGCGUGAAAGAACCAAGACUUCUAGGCUACACGGACAGCGAUUGGGGUGGUUCUAAGGAAGACAAGAAAAGCACUUCAGGUUAUGUGUUUACUCUUGGAUCAGCCAUGUUUUGUUGGCAGUCAAGCAAGCAACAAACAGUGGCGCAAUCAACGGCUGAGGCAGAGUACAUAGCCGUGUGUGCAGCAGCAAAUCAAGCAGUGUGGUUACAAAGACUAUUUGAAGACUUUGGUCAGAAGUUUGAAGGAGGCAUUCCGAUCUUAUGUGACAACAAAUCAGCAAUAGCAAUUGGGAAGAAUCCGGUGCAACACAGAAGGACGAAGCACAUAGAGAUCAAGUACCAUUUCGUGAGGGAAGCUGAGCAAAAGGGAAUCAUUGAACUGAAGUAUUGCAAAGGGGAUGAUCAACUCGCAGACAUUCUCACAAAGGCAUUGGGUGGUUCAAGAUUUGAAGAUCUAAGGAAGCAGCUUGGAGUCAAGUCGAGAUAUGAUUAAGGAGGAGUGUUAAACUAUAUAAUCUAAUCUCUCCUUGAUACAUUUACAUAAUAAAUAUAUACUCCCUCCGUUUUUUAAUAUAAGUCAUUUUAGAAAAAAAUUUAUAUUCCAAUUAUAUGACGUUUUCUGUUUUCUAUGUAAUUUAUUAACACUUAAUAUUAUAUGACCAAUGAUAAUAUACCUUCUAUUUUAUUAUUAAUUAAUUUGUGGUUAGGUAAAUAAUUAAUGAUGUUUUUGUUUAGAAAAUAUAAAAAAUUAAUGAUUUUCUUUAUCUUUGUGCACAAUUCAAAAACGACUUAUAUCAAAGAAAAAGAGGGAGUAAAUGAUAAUAUAAUCAUAUGAAUAGCAACUACGUAGAAAAUUUAAAUUAAAUAUUCUUAUUAAAUUAUAUUAUAAAAUUAUGUUAAUAUCAUUUAAAUUUAAUUAUAUACCAUUUAAAUAAAUUAAAUGAUUGCUUUGAUUUUUUUUUGAUUUAUGUGUUUACUCCAAUUUAAUUAUAUACAUAAUAUUUACUCGUUUCUCAAUUAUUUAAUAUAUUUAUAUAUUAUAAUAUAUAAAUGAGUACAAAAUAAAUAAUAAUACGUAAACAUAAUUUGUAUACUGAGUUCGUAUACAACGUGUUAUCUUAUCUAGCUAAGUUUAUCUAGUAUUCAGAUGCAAAUUUAAGCUACAUCAAAUAAAAUAAAAGUAAAGACAAGAUAUAUUUGUUCUUAGAAAAAAAAAGUUUAAGUUUAUGUUUAAGUAGAAUUUGUAAAAUUUCUAUUCAUUAUAACUAUUAACAGAUAAUGAUAUUAUAUAUUUACUUAAAAUAAUUUUAAAGUUGGUUAUUUUAUUAUUUUAUGAAAUAAUAUCAUAUUAUGUAUCAGUUCAGUUCAAAGACGGUUUUUUUGUUUGAUACAUGUUUGUUAAUUUAUAAAUUUAUACUGUAUAUAUCUAAUGAAAACAUUAUUUCAUUGGAUACUUUUUUGCAAUAAUUUGUCACAUUUGACAAAACUAAACAAAAAAUAAGCAAAAGAUAAAUAAAUCAUACGCAAUAAUAUCAUUAAUUUGCUUUUGUGCUAGUAAUAAAAAUAAAUUGUAUAUGCAAGGAUAUUUCUUUUUUUUGAAGAUAUAUCAGUGGAUCUGAAGCUUGACACGCUUUGCCUCUCUUUGUUUUACUGCCAACAAGAUCUUUCUGUUUAUUUCAUCAGCAUCAUUGGAGCUUCUGGUGACACCGAUGACUCUGCCUUUGUUGUGCUCUGGGACAACCAUCAUGUGGUAACUUCAAGGCCUAUGGAUUCUGCAAUUAUGGAGCAACCUGCAAGUUUGAUCACCCAGUGCCAGUAAACCCUUAUCAUUAUGCAGGCUUGACCAUGCCUUCUCUGCCUACUGCUUAUGUGCAUAUUAAAUAAAAAAAAGGCAGAAUACAAAGAUAGAUCGGAGAAGAAAUACAUAGGUUGAUAAAAAGAGAAAACAUCCAACACUGGAAAUAUCCAUAGACAGAAACAAACAGACUAGAGCAUCAAAAUGUUUUGUCUCUUCUCUAGCAAACUGUUAAAUAUAAAAAUGCCUUGCAGGCUUUAUUCAGAGACGAUCCAACACCCAAAUAUUAGAAGAACACUCAUAACCACAAACACCACGGCUAUGUCUCGGCUGUUUUUGUUGGACCGCUUCUUCCAUGGCAUGUGGCUGGGUAGGAAUCAGGGUUUGGAUCUGUGCUUGUUCUCCUCCUCCUUCAAUUCCUUGUCCAAGUUACAUUCCUUGUGUUUCAGUUUCAAUCUGUGGUGCUGCAUCCUCCGUCUGCACUUCUUCCAUGGCAUGUGGUUGGGUAGGGAUCAUGGUUUGGAUCUGCGCUUGUUCUCCUCCUUCUUCGCUUCCUUCUCCAAGUUCCAUUCCUAGUGUUUCAGUUUCAAUCUGUGGUGCUGCCUCCUCCGGCUGCACUUCUUCUACCAAUACUCAUAUUUCUUGUAGUGUGCUCCACCUGUUUUAACUCAAGUGAAGAAGUGACUAGUUUGCAAACAUGACAAAAACUAAAACCUGCAAAAAUAAAUAAAAAUAUAUCUUAAAUAAUAUAAUAAAAUAGGAAUAAGUUUUCUAUAUAAUAUAAGAAAAUAACAUAAAAUAUAUAUUGAUAAAAAAUAAAAGUAAAGAUAUAUUUGUUAUUAGAAAAAAAUUGUUUAUGUUUAAGUGGAAUUUGUAAAAUUUCUAUUCAUAAUAACUAUUAAUUGUAAAAUUUAUAUUCAUAAUAACUAUUAAUUUAUAAUGAUAUUAUAUAUUUACUUAAAAUAACUUUAAAUAUUGUUAUUUUAAUAUGCUAUGAAAUAAUAUCCUAUUUUAUGUCAGUUCAGUUCAAAGAUGGUUUUUUAAUUGAUCCAUGUUUGUUAAUUUAGAAAUUUGUACUGUAUAUAUAUGACGAAAACAUUAUUUCAUUGGAUAGCUUUGUGCAAUAAUUUGUUACAGAUGACAAAACUACAUGAAAAAAUAUGCAAAAUUUAAAUAAAUCAUACGCAAAAAUAUCGCUAAUUUGUUUAAGCUAGUAAUAAAAAUAAAUUGUAUAUGCAAGGAUAAUUUUUUUCGUUUUUUCGAAGAUAUAUCAGUGGAUCUGAAACUUGACACGUUUUGUCUCUCUUUGUUUUACUGCCAACAAGAUCUUUUUGUUUAUUUCAUCAGCACCAAUGGAGCUUCUGGUGACACUGAUGACUCUGCCUUUGUUGUGCUCAGGGACAACCAUCAUGUGGUAACUUCAAGGCCUAUGGAUUCUGCAAUUAUGGAGCAAGCUGCAAGUUUGAUCACCCAGUGCCAGUAAACCCUUAUCAUUAUGCAGGCUUGACCAUGCCUUCUAUGCCUACUACUUAUGUGCAUAUUAAAUAAAAAGAAGGCAGAAUAGAAAGAUAGAUCGGAGAAGAAAUACAUAGGUUGAUAAAAAGAGAAAACACCCAACACCGGAAAUAUCCAUAGACAGAAAAAAAACAGACCAGAGCAUCAAAAUGUUUUGUCUCUUCUCUAGCAAACUGUUAAAAACAAAAAUGCCAUGCAGGCUUUAUUCAGAGACGAUCCAACACCCAAAUAUUAGAAGAACACUCAUAACCAAAAACACCACGGCUAUGUCUAGACUGUUUUUGUUCGACCGCUUCUUCCAUGGCAUGUGGCUGGGUAGGGAUCAGGGUUUGGAUCUGUGCUUGUUCUCCUCCUCCUUCAAUUCCUUGUCCAAGUUACAUUCCUUGUGUUUCAGUUUCAAUCUGUGGUGCUGCAUCCUCCGACUGCACUUCUUCCAUGGCAUGUGGCUGGGUAGGGUAAAUGGUUUGGAUCUGUGCUUGUUCUCCUUCUUCUUCGCUUCCUUGUCCAAGUUCCAUUCCUAGUGUUUCAGUUUCAAUCUGUGGUGCUGCCUCCUCCGGCUGCACUUCUUCUACCAAUACUCAUAUUUCUUGUAGUGUGCUCCACCUGUUUCAACUCAAGUGAAGAAGAAAUUACUAGUUUGCAAACAUGACAAAAACUAAACUUACAAAAAUAAAUAAAAAAUAUAUCUUUAAUAAUAUAAUAAAAUUGGAAUACGUUUUCUAUGUAAUAUAAGAAAAUAACAUAAAAUAUAUAUUGAUAAAAAAUAAAUGUAAAGAUAUAUUUGUUAUUAGAAAAAAAUUGUUUAUGUUUAAGUAGAAUUUGUAAAACUUUUAUUCAUAAUAACGAUUAAUUGUAAAAUUUAUAUUCAUAAUAACUAUUAAUUUAUAAAGAUAUUAUAUAUUUACUUAAAAUAAUUUUAAAUAUUGUUAUUUUAUUAUUUUAUGAAAUAAUAUCCUAUUUUGUAUCAGUUCAGUUCAAAGAAGAUUUUUUUGUUUGAUCCAUGUUUGUUAAUUUAGAAAUUUGUACUGUAUAUAUAUGAUGAAAACAUUAUUUCAUUGGAAAGCUUUUUGCAAUAAUUUGUCACAGAUGACAAAACUACAGGAAAAAAUAAGCAAAAGUUAAAUAAAUCAUACUCAAAAAUAUCGUUAAUUU